AUGGCGGAGACGGAGAAGGGUUGCGUGAUCUGUGGCGGCGAGGAGAAGGACGGCGAACUGCUCAUUGCAGCUCCCUGCGGUCAGCACUGGGUGUGCCCAGAUGACAUUUCAAGCUUUUUCGAGCGCGCUACGCAGAACGAGAGCCUCUUUCCACCGAAGUGCUGCGGCCAGAUGUUCAUGCUCCAAGAGUAUGAAGAGUACGUUCCGUUUGAUAUUGCUUGGGCAUAUCAAGUCAAGGAGCAGGGCGAGUACGCCAUCCUCGCAAAGUUCCGCGUGUACUGUGGCAACCCAGCUUGCGCAAAGUUCUUGCAUCCAUCGACACACGUGACCGACCAGCCAACCAACAUCACAUACGCCAUCUGCGAGGACGAUUCAUGUGGCAAGUUGUCCUGCAUCGCCUGCAAGAACAUUCUCGCCGAGGGCACCAACAACCACGUCUGCAAGAAGGACGAGAACGAGGAGAAGUUCCAGAAACUCGCGACCGAGAACGGCUACCAGAACUGCAGCCAAUGCAGCGCCGUGGUCGAGCUGAUGGAAGCUUGCAACCACGUCACAUGCUCCUGCGGCUACGACUUCUGCUACCUCUGCGGCAAAGAGUGGGUCGGCCUCCACGGCUGCCCUCACUACGGCCAAGCCACCUUCGACACCGAAGGCUACAACCAAGACGGCUACCAUCGCGAUUCCAGCCUCAACCGCGAGGGCCUUACCCGCCGUCAGGAGAUGGCGCGGCGCCGCGGCGAAGACCCCGAUGAUGAGGACGACGACGAAACCGACCCUGAGCUGGAAGACGAGGAGUGGGAGGUCAUGCAGCACAUCACGCCCGAGCAGCGCAUGGCUGUCAACAUCCUCCAUGGCGCGGCGCGCGAAGACGCGCUGGAUAAUCUACGCAUCCAGCUGUUCGAGAGCCAGGGAAUUACAUUCGGCACGGAUCCUGGACCGAUGGAGAUUCUCACCGAGCGGCAACUAGACAUUGUCGAGGCGGUUAUGCAGGAGAUCCACGCCGCGCACGAUCCGCUCCUCAACCCGUUGCUCAACCGCCUGAGCAACGAGGCUGCGACAAUGGACGACGCGACUGUCGUGAGCAUCUACCGCCCGAUCGCAGACCUGUAUGUCCGGCAUAUGUCUCCUGCCAACGCCCGGCAAAUCAUCGACUUCAUCCCCGUACUCAACGACGCGCAAAUCGCAAACCUAGCGCUCAUUCUGGGCUUGCGUCUCACCCAAGAAGCCGCCGGGGCGUUCGCGGAGUAUCUCUUAGAGCAGCUUCUCGCGGCCCAGCCUGAAGAAGCUGCGCCCCUUACCGCUGAGCAACAACUCGUCCUCGACCAAGUCCUCCAGGAACUUGAAGAUGCAGACAUGCCGCUCCUCCCCCCGCUGCUCAACCGCCUCACCAGCGAAACCAUGGACGCGCUGACAUCCACACAAGUCCUCUCGCGCAUCGCCGAACUGCACAUCCAACACCUCCCCACUCCCCUCGUGGGACAAAUGGCAUCGCUCCUCGCCGCGCUCACCGCGCCGCAGAUCGCGCAGCUUGGAGCGCGCCUCGCGCCGGACCUGGCUGCAGACCGAGUUGCGGAGUUUGUGGGGCAUUACACGCGGUGGCUUGGUGAGGCUGCUUCGAACGCUACGGGCGAUGUGAAUGCUGUGUUGGAUGAAGGUGAUGUCUUGGAUGAAGGGACUGGUCCGGACAUGAACAAUCUGUCCAUCGAACGGCUCAUCGAACGGGUCAAGGAAAGCACGCCUGCGGAAGCUACAUAUACCGCCGAUGCUGGCGGGGAGACUCGUUCGAGGCUGUCGGAUGAGUGGGAUGAUGAUGAUUUGUAA